GCCAUCACAGAGGGAGGAUCGAAGGUUUGGGCCUGGGGCAGCAACGUUCACGGACAGCUUGGCCUCGGGAUGAACGGCGAGGGCUCCCAGCGCGUGCGCCCCUCCUUGGUGCCGGCUCUGAGCAACCGACGGGGAAUGCUGGUUUGCCAGGCCUCGGCGGCGUCGAACCACUCGCUGGUGUUAACCACCACAGGUGAAGUGUAUGCCUUCGGAGAGAACGGUCAUGGUCAGCUUGGCUUUCCGACAGUGAAGAGUAAUACCGACGCCCAGACGCAGCACGACAACGGAGACCCCCUGUCGCAGCAUCAGAUGCUCCAGCUGCAAUCCAUGCGAGAGCGGGCGAAGGCGCGCAACAAAGUGGAAAUGGACCAGCCCAAGCUCUAUGAGAAUGGGGUCGCGACGCUGUGGCUGCCGACCCGAGUCGUCACACUGUCGCAGUAUCGAGUUCGGGCCGUGGCCACGGGAGACAUGCACACCUUGACCAUCGCGGAGCAUCACCAUGGAUAG